AUGGACCCCACGCUCGACAACACAUCGGCUUCCACGCAGGAACGAAGAUCCAGCGUUGGCUCCACAUCCACCUGUGCUACACUCUCAGUACUCUCUAGACCUAUCACAGAUCCACACUAUCGCGAAUUACAGGCACUCCGAUCAGACUAUUCGGCUCUCCAGACUAAGCUUAAACUGACGCAGGAGACUGCCGCUAAUAAACUGAGGACUCACGAUAUUCUGAGCGUUCAUGAGUGGCCAUCUAGUCAGGGAGUUAAGGACAACAACGGGGCCAAAAUCAAGGUUUUUCAGGAGACGGAUAAGAACCAAGAUCAAGGGGGAAAAGGAGGCCAGAACACGACCCAACAGCCGCUGCCGCCAAGGACAUGGGAAAUACCUGAUAUGCAGAAGAUAUUAUAUGAAAAGCUGCAGGACGAAAAUAUGGCCAUGAAUAUAGAACUGCAGGAUCUUAGGCACCACCUUCGCUCCGAGAAGGAUUCUAGCAUGGGCUACAUGUCUCUAUUCGAAAGCAUCCAAAAGAAGCAAUCUAACGCGCUUGCAGUUUCCCAAUUUGAGAUCGAGUUUUUGCGUGGCACAGUUCAAGAGCACCGAAACCUUCUGGAAUCUCGCGAAUCCUUGAUCCAGUCCCUUAUCACGAUUAUUAGUGCUCAAGCAGUCGAUAUCGAAACCCUGACGACCGAUUCGUGUCGAGAACGCUUUGUGCGCGCUCAGGUUGAGCAGGAAAUCGCGUCCUUACUCGAAGCCAGUCUCUCGAUGCUGGAACGGUGGUUCUUGAACAUCGUGGAGACGAGAGCUGAGCUGUCGCGUGUGAUGCAGCCAUUAGCUCAGACAAUUCAGCUCCUGAAGGUCCCAAGUAUUGCGGAAGAGUGGGUGCAGUGUGAACGCGCUGUAGGGGAGGUGAUGGAGGACUUGGUGAAUGCCUUGAGGACUCAGCAAGAAACACAGGAACGCGAACUAAUGAUGGAUCUUACCACCAUCAACCCGGCAACAGUCAAAAACAUUAGUGCUCAUAGCAGCAACGUCUCGAUAGACAACGGUAAUAGGACAUACCUUAGUGACCACGAACAUAGGAGGAGUACCGGAUCUGCGCAUUCUACUUUGUCAGCCCUCAGUGGUAGUACGAAACUAGGGAGGAAUGGUCAGGGAAAGGAUGGGCCGGAAUUAGAUACCUACAGAAGUCAGGAGGUGUUUAUAUGGCGAAAGUUCAAGGCGGAUACGUUCUUGGAGGAGUGCGUCAAGGGCGUUGAGAUCCUGGCAGGGGAGAAGAGGGAGUUGCAGACGAGGCUGGCAGAGCUAAUGUGCAUGGAGAACCCACGAGCACAGGAGGAUAUGGAUACCAUAAAAACCUUCUCUGACCAGGCAGUUGAUCGUAACGUAGAUCAGGAGAUAGACAGUAGCGGACGAGCACUAGCCUCAGACGCCGGUGCGGUGCAGCAACAAGAGAAUCAUGGCGACGAACCUGACAGGGCCAUCCAUGGUGUUACUAUGCACGGUACUAACCUAACACAACACAAUCAACGACUUGAAUUGAUCCUCAGUCGUAUUCUAGAUUGGGCUGAUCUUCAGGCAUCGGCAUUGAAAUCCUCCUCUUCAGCCAUGAAGCAUUAUUUAGAGACGGAGAGUGAUACUGAGGAUAGCAUUUUGGCGCUCGGUAUCUCUGAUGGACCACUAGAGUCUUCUGAGCAAGCAUCAUUAUCGGUCAUGGGAGUAGAAUCGGAGGCCAUGCACGCCUCAGUUUCGUCCGCAACCUUGGCAAGGCAGCCCGGCCAGCCCUUCUGCCAAGGCGACUGGAAAUCGAGAACAGAGAAGCUGGAAGAACUUUUACAACUGAUUCGACAAGAAUUUUCCAUGUCGGCAUCGAAGGAGGUGGGUGAAACCAUAGAUCCUGACGAAAGGAUCGAAGUGGCGACCCAGUCAAAGCUCGAACGAAGCUCUGAUAUGCCAACUAUGUUGCUAUCAUUCGAGAAUGUAACGCUUCGUGAGGAUAAUGCAGCCAGCAGAAUUGAUAGCAUGACAACCAUCGCCAUCAAAACGGCAAGGACCAGACCUGAGCAGCUCAGAGCCGUGACUUCACCCUCGCCCAGCAGUUCUUCGAGCUCUGUACCCUCGUCUUCUGAGUCUUCAAACCGGACAUCCUCCGGAUCAGGCUAUAUUUCUAGACGCUACUACAUUGCAGGCCUGUCGAUGGUGCCAUCCUCACCCAGCCUAGGAGGCUUCUUUGGAAGAUCCGGCGGCAAGAGCGUCCUUGAUGUAGACAAGCUCUAUCGCGACCUUGCCUUUCGUUCGUUCCCAAAACAGCAUCAAUGAAACGAAUCGAAGAACAGAUGAUACUCCAGAACACUGGAGCAACCACAGUCGUGUCUUUGCCAGCAUAAUCAUCUCCUCCCCAAAACUCUUGAGUUAUAACAUCACAAAAACGAAUAAAGCGUU